UGCUUCAAUCCUAUGCAGCACUACCGAUAGGCUGAGAGGGUAAAGUUAUCGGCACAUUUGUCUUGCCCAAAUAUUUAUUAAUAAAAACUCUAUUAACAUUGAAGUCCAUUUUGCUGAAUAAAAAAUGUCACUGCUAGCACAGAGCGUGCGCCAGGUUCUGCGCCACACAACACAACGUGCCACAUUAAGCGGUGCGAUGCGAGCAUUGAGCUUAGCUCCUACAUUGCAGCAACAAAACAAACCCGCUACAAUUGAUGUGUCCGUCAUUGCCAAGGAGCAUCAAAAGGAGUGCCAAACAGUGUGCGAGCGAAUUAAUCAGCAGGUGGCUAAAUCAGAGCAGGGCCGUCUGUUCGCUGUAGUUCACCUGUGUGGCAAGCAGUUUAAGAUUACACCUGGAGACAUCAUUCUAGUCGAGGGCUAUUGGCCGCCAACGAUAGGUGAUGAGAUUAGCUUGGACAAAGUACUGCUGGCGGGUGCACGUGACUUCACAUUGAUCGGAAGGCCCAUUCUCGAGCCGGGACUUGUCACUGUAAAGGCCACCAUUAUCGAGAAGACGCUGACGCACACGAAGACACACUUCAAGAAGAAGCGCAGGAAACAGUAUAUGCGCAUCAACUUUCAGCGAUCUCCCAACACAAUGAUCCGCAUCAACGCCAUUGAGCUGACUCGCCCGCUGGACAGCAAUGCCGAGCCGGAUGCAGAGCCUUCAAAGCGUUUGCUUUAGUUAACUGCUUUGCCUUUUUGAAUUAAAUAUAUGUGUAAAGAGAUAAACGAAGUGUGCU